AUCAAACUGAUAUAGCGCCCUCAAUAAUGCAUUAUCCUCAGGUCGUCGGUCAACAAGAUGGCAGCUUCCAUAGUGCGAAAGUGCCUUGGCAUUAUCAGACAUCCUGUUGUAAAGAAAUUUCUUCAAAGUCAGUCACCGCAAUGCAGAAAGACUCUGCGUACCGGUUUACACCAACGUAGCUUGUUUAGCUUCUUUGAAAAGUUGAAGCACCUGAGGUCAAAUAUCGAAGAUCUUCCAUACAGUCAUGUGACCCCUGCUGAAGUUAGUCCAAUACGAAACGUGCCUGAGCAUAUAAUUCGGCCAGAAUAUGUCAGAACAGGCACGAUUCCACCAGUAAGUCGAUACGUCAACUUCUUGGAGAAAGGGGACAUACCUGCUAUGAGGGAUGUCUGUGCAAUCGCAAGAAAGAUAUUAAAUGUUGCUGCUGCCGAACUUAAGGUUGGCGUGACAACAGAUUACAUAGAUGAGGUCAUUCAUGAAACUUGUAUAUCCUACAAUGCAUAUCCAUCAACUCUGUUGUAUCGGUCGUACCCAAAAUCUGUCUGUACUUCAGUUAACAAUGUAAUGUGUCAUGGAAUUCCAGACUCGCGCCCUCUAGUGGAUGGGGAUAUCAUCAAUGUUGAUUUCACGGCUUUCUAUAAUGGUUUUCAUGGUGACCUGUCAGAGACCUACUGCAUUGGUAAUGUUGAUGAGACGGGGAGAAAACUUGUUGAUGUUGCCAGGAGAUGUCGAGAUGAAGCCAUAAAAAAAUGUGGGCCUCUUCAAAAGCUUAAUGUAAUAGGAAACACAAUUCAUAAGGUUGCUUCUGAAGCAGGUUUCGUAGUCUCUCCGUCUUUCUUGGGCCAUGGAAUCGGAAGGUUGUUCCAUUGUCAACCUAGUAUAUACCAUCAUGCGAAUAUGUAUCCAGAGUUGAUGCAGCCAGGGAUGGCAUUCACCAUUGAACCGGUCAUUGUGGAAGGCAUUGAUAAGCCAUAUAUUGAUGAUGAUCAGUGGACAGUAAUGUCAAAGUACAAUCACAGAUCUGCCCAAUUUGAACACACCAUUCUUAUAACAGACACCGGUUUGGAGGUGCUAACCAGAGAUGUGAAUAAGGAAAUCAACAUAGAAGAUGGUGAGAAUGAUGGAACCAUAGAAACAUUGGAGGUGGAGAAAGCACAAAAAUGCGACAGCUGGCAAUUCAAAUGAGUUGAACGACCCUUGCAAAAGCAUUUACUAUAAAAACAAAAUUGAAUUGCAUGUUUUUAUAUAUGCUUCACUUGUUCCAUUGUUGUUGAAAGCAUUGUGCUCACUAUGAAGUUGUUUUUUUUUUUGCUACAUAAGGGCAUGAUGAUGUGGUAUCACACACAUAUAUGGCCAAAUCACAAAGUGUGAAUUCACUCAAUCAAUCAACUCCUCCUUGUGUACUUAUUUAAAAUAAACUACCGUAAAACCUCAUAUAUAUUAUUAUUUAAAGAAAUACAUAUAAUUUUUUUCCCAGACAAAUAGUGUUUCCCCUGGUGAAUUGUGUUUCUGCCCCCCCCCCCUUUCCCACUGGGGCCACUUCUGGUUAUAUGUUACUACACCAUUUUGGCUCCAUUACACAUAGUGGAAGCCAUCAGUUUUAACUGACUGUGCUAUGCUGGCUCAUACACUUUGACAGCUAAGUCUCCAAGAGGGUUGGGGAGUGUAGCAGUGAUGAGAAUAAUCCUGACGGGUUAAACCCACUGCUAGUAUACUAUGGCUACAUUCAGACUUGCAGAUAAGCCAGGCUUGAGUUAAGCCCGGCUCAACGUUAAGCCCGGCUUAACUUUGCCGGGUGUUCAGACUAGCGGGUUUAGCCAGGCGAGAAUUUGCAUAAUAAUGAAUUGUAACCUGGAAACAUG